GAAAAGCCUGUGCAAACAAUUCACACAUACAAACACACAUAUGCCUGAGCAUAGCCUGUGCAAGCAAAGCACACAUAUAAACACACACACCCGAGCACAGCCUGUGCAAGCAGUUCACACAUAUAAACAUGCACAUGCCUGAGCACAGCCUGUGCAGGCAAUGCACACAUAUAAGCACACAUGCCUGUGCAAACAAUGAACACAUAUAAACACACACACGCCUGAGCACAGCCUGUGCAAGCAGUGCACACAUAUAAGCACACACUUGCCUGAGCACAGCCUGUGCAAGCAAUGCACGCAUAUAAGCACACAUGCCUGUGAAAACAAUGCACACAUAUAAACACACACACACUGCCUGAGCACAGCCUGUGCAAGCAAUGCACACAUAUAAGCACACAUGCCUGAGCACAGCCUGUGCAAACAAUGCACACAUAUAAACACACUUGCCUGAGCACAGCCUGUGCAAACAAUGCACACAUAUAAACGCACACACAUACCUGAACACAGCCUGUGCAAGCAAUGCACACAUAUAAAUGCACACAUACCUGAGCAUAGCCUGUGCAAACAAUGCACACAUAUAAACACACACAUGCCUGAGCACAGCCUGUGCAAGCAAUGCACAUAUAUAAGCACACACACCUGAGCACAGCCUGUGCAAGCAAUGCACACAUAUAAAUGCACACACACGCUUGAACACAGUCUGUGCAAGCAAUGCACACAUAUAAAUGCACACAUGCCUGAGCACAGCCUGUGCAAGCAGUGCACACAUAUAAACACACUUGCCUGAGCACAGCCUGUACAAGCAAUGCACACAUAUAAAUGCACACACACGCCUGAGCACAGCCUGUGCAAGCAAUGCACACAUAUAAACACACAUACCUGAGCAUACACAUGUUCAUGUGCUGAUGUGCACAUACAUGUAUACACACUUGUGUGUGUGAAUGUGUGUGCAGUGUGUCAGCAUGCAUAUGUGUGCAGACAAGUACACCUAUGUGCACAUUUGUAUGCAAGGUACAUCCAUGUACAGGCACACAAACGUAGCCAGUGUGACCUCCAAUGCACACACACACAGACAGUGUCUAAUUCUUGUGCUCAUCAUCUGAGACAAGCUUGAAAUGCCAUAAGUUGCCUAGGGAAAGCCUGUCUCAGUGUUGCAGUGCAGUGAAGCAGAAUGUCCCCUGGUCCAGGAGAUGUGGGACCAUGUCCCAGUACAAGCCACUUGGCCUUGCUGGCCACCUCCUCCAUCUUCCCGUUGAGCAGUGAGAGGGCUGCUGAGCCUGGAGAUGGCCUGCAGUAGUCAAGCCCAGGCCUGCCCAGAGGCCAAGGGAAGAGGCUCAAGGUGGUUGGGAGUAGGUGCUGCCUGGUUCCAGAUGAGUUCCAUCCUUUCUGGAACUCCAGUCCCCAGCAGCAAGAUGGAAGCAUAGGCCCUAUGGGCUGGCUUUGGUAAGGGCAACAGCUGGGAAAACCAGGAAAGGCCACGCAGUUGGGGACAGCUGCCCUUCACACUCAGACCUCAGGCACCCACCACAUGCAUGGGGCUCAGAUGUGCCAUGUGCAGCACUCUGGUGCCCCCUCCCCUGGAGACACCCCCACAUGCACGGGGUUCAGAUGUGCCACAUGCAGGCCUCUGGUGCCCGCUCCCCUGGAGACACUCACCACAUGCAUGGGGUUCAGAUGUCCACAUUCAGGUCUCUUGUGUCCCUCUCCCCUGGAGACACCUUUUGGACUUGAGCUCGUUUUGUGGCAAAGGCAUCAACCAUCCUGGCCCCAUUGUGGCUGGUAGCCUACUGAAUGGCCACAGGCUACUCUUCCCUUUCCCUAGGCCUCAGGGCUAUGUUGGGCUACAUGUUUGAGGAAUUCACAGGCUUAUGUCAGUAUGAGGAAAAGCCUGGGCCCUCUGAGUGGGCAACAGAUGCCAGCUCGUUCUCCUCCCCACAGCCCCUGUGGCGCUCAGGAGGGAGAGUGGGCUAUCCUUGGGGUGCCUGCUGUCACACCCCAGCCCCUCGGGGCAGAUGCUCUCACCCGUCUGGUAGCUGAGGAAACUGGACCUCCUAGCUGAGACAGGCUGCCCAGGGACACAUGGCCAGUGCUCCUAAGCCCAGCAGGUGGCUGCACUGCAGUGCCAUCAGGGAGUCAGCCCCAGGCACUGGCUUCUCUGUAACCCUUGCUAUUCUGACUGUUUUCUUUGUAGUCACUGAGCAGGCGACUAAAGUCCCCAAGAAAACCGUCAUCAUAGAGGAGACCAUCACCACCGUGGUGAAGAGUCCCCGUGGCCCACGACGGUCCCCCAGCAAGUCCCCCUCCCGCUCGCCUUCCCGCCGCUCCACCAGCCCACAGAGGCCAGUUCUGUUGGCCCCUGACCUGCUGUUCCUGCCGGGGUCCAGGCAGCCUCACAGGCCUGAGACAGAGCCAGGCCGGAAGCCCACUGUGCCCACACUGUACGUGACGGAGGCUGAGGCCCCCUCCGGAGCCCUGCCAGGGGGCACAGGGCCCCAGCCCAAAUGGCUGGAGGUUGAAGAGACUGUUGAAGUCCGAGUGAAGAAGUCGGGUCCUCAGGCUGUGUCUCCCGCCAGGGAGGUGCCCAGAGGCAUGGGGGCACUGCUCUUCACACUGCCUGGUGGGACGCCAGGUGGGGACCCCAACGCCAACAACUCCAACAACAAGCAGCUGGACCAGGAGCCCCAUGCCCAGGGCCCAGCUGUGGUCCGCAUUGGGGAGCCCCUCGUCUUCCAUGUGGAUGCUGGGGGCAGUGUGGACUGGGCUGCUUCCGGAGCAGUCAGCCCUGAGCCAGAGGAGACUGGGGCUUCCCUCAGGGACAGCAGCACGGAGUGGGCAGGAGUAGAGGGUGAUGGGGAGAGCCCUUUUGUGGUGGAGGAGCCCCAGGACACGGAUGGCCUUUGCAGCCGUGACCCCAAGAUCCUCACACACAACGGUCGUGUGCUGACCCUGGCUGACCUGGAAGAUUACGUACCCCAGGCAGGGGAGACCUUUGGCUGCCGUGGCCCAGCAAGCAGCACCUCCGACGACAUGCCCUGUGAGGUCUCCGUGCUCCAGAGAGAGAUCAGUGAGCCCACUGUGGGGCAGCCCAUCCUGCUCAACGUGGGGCGCCCACCCAGACAUGUGGGUCCACCUGGCUUCUUCAGGACAGGAUCCCAGGUCCACAGCCCUGAGGACCUGUCCUUCCACAUGCGAGGGGCCCGAGCUGGGCCUGUGGGCAGCGCUCCUUGGACCUCCUCCUGCACCCGGGUCCAGCACUCUACAGACGGCAGGCAGAGCAGCUUCAAGACGGAGGUUUCCACCCAGAUGGUCAGCUUGGGGACUGUGGGAGAGACUGUCACUCUGCAUAUUCGCCCAGAUGGAGAUGAGGCCCCUGGCCCCUCCCAGGGCUGAGGCCACAUACCCUGGCAAGACAGGGAGGCCAGGGCACUCUUACUGUGCCAUCCUUGCAGCAUGGGGCCUGCACCCUGCUGGGCAGCAGCACCUGCUCAGGAACCCCAGCUCACCUCAGUCACCUGUGCUCAAUGCGCUGCUCUUCUGAGCUCGGGGCUCAGCCUGCCAUGCCCUCUGUCCUGGGCCCUUCCUACCUCACUGGACUUUGGUCCUCAACAAAGAGGACCGCAGUGCCUACAAUGCUGGAUGCACUGAAGUCCUUCAAGAGAGCCCUGGCCAGGGGCAGCUCAGAGACCAAGCUCUGGGUUGUCCCUUCUGGCCUGCAGGAGCCUCCAGGCUCUGGACACAGAUGUGGACUUGGGCCUGUGUCCUGCUCCCACUGGGCACAGCCUUGCCUGUCCCCAGGCUAGGGAUGGGACCCAGACCCCCAAAGCCACACCCAGGGCCAAGUGGCCACCAGCGGCUCUGCAGGGUGGACACAGGGUCUGUGUUGGGAAGUGCACCUGUAUUCUGGCUGAUAGAGCAAUAAACCAGUCUGCGCCUCCUCUC